AUGAGUUUUACCUUUGGUAGCGCAACUACAACAUCAGGCAGUACAUUCGGUACUACUACUCCUUCUACAGGGUUUGCCUUUGGGAGCGGUGAUGCAUCAAAACCAUUGUUUGGUUCAACUGUACCAGAGACCAAACCUGCUUUCAAUUUCACUAGUCCUACAACUAACGCUCCAGCUUUUGGAAGCUUUGCAUUUGGAGCUAAAACAACUACAACUGCAUCAAAUAACAUGUUUGCAAAUCCAGCGACAACAGCCACCUCAGCUUUCGGUGCGAGCAAACCUUUGAGUUUCGGUUUUACCUCUCCACCAAACCAGACUGUUGGAAGUCCAGCUUUCGGACAAGCUGCACAACAAAAUGCCCCACAAAAUUUGUCGUUUGGUGGCGCCCAACCUCAAGCAGUCCCUGCUUUUGGGACGCCUGCUACACAGGCUCAAACAGCAUUCGGAUCUCCGGUCAGUGGUGGGUUUGCAUUCGGAAAGCCUGCUACGACUGCUGCCGGGUUCGGAUUCUCAACACCUGCUUCUGGAUUCUCAGCACCACAGACGGCUACUGCAACUCCCCCUUCGGCCCCACAAACGACUCAGGCCAGUUUCCUUACCGCCACAACUACGGCUAGUGGGGGUGGUUUCGGUGCUUCGGCUUCGUUCGGACAGAACGCGUUCGGCGCGAAACCUUCGGCCUUCAGCUUCGGCGGUGCCGCUUCGACGCCGAGUUUUGGCGCUACGAACACCACUAGCGCUGCGCCAGCGCCAACAUUCGGAACAGCAACACCAACACCGGCAUCGACAAACUUCACUCUCAAUCAACAACCGGCAUCUUCCCUCGCUUUCGCACCAGCGACCACCCAAUCACAACCCGGCCUCAGUUUCGGGGGAACAUCAACACCUAGCUUCGGAACGCAACAAACUACUACUCAACCGUUAGGCACUUCUACAGCUGCACCAACUUUCGGAUCGCAAUUCCAAGCUCAAGCUACGCCUAGUUUCGGAAACAGCAAUGCUGGCAACGCUCAAAGUACGCCCAGUUUCGGAAACAGUAACCCGCCAGCUCAGCAGAGUUUCGGAAAUGCUCAACAACCGACUCUUUCUUUAGGAAAUACGGCGGUUUCUACCCUACAAACGGGGUUGAGUCAAUCUACUACAAAUCUUGGAAUUACUUCUACGCCUCAAGUUUCAACAGGAUUAAGCUUCGGUACUACUCCAUCUACGGGACCAAGUUUCGCUACGACCACAACCAGUGCUACGGCCCCUACAUCUACUACGGCUGGCCUUAAUUUCGGAACUACACCUGUAACUACAUCUUCUACUACAAGUGGCCUCAGUUUUGGAAAUACUUCUACUAGUUCAUUGAACUUUAGUGCCAAUAAUAAACCUACAACGGCUACUUCUGGACUUAGUUUUGGAACUUUAACUACUUCAGCCGGACUAAGUUUUGGAACUAAAUCUAUUACGACCACGGCCACUUCUAGCGCAGCUACAGCCAAUGCGACGAGUGCUCCGUCCGGUAUAACGGCUUUAGGGAAAACUACGGCUUUGACGACUUUGCCGUCUUUAACGGCUGCCACUACCACCACGGCAGCCGCUCCACCCGUGGCCGUAUCUUCCAUCACCUUCGCACAAUUGGAAGAGAAUAUAAACAAGUGGACCCUAGAAUUGGAAGAACAAGAGAAGACUUUCAUCAACCAAGCGACCCAGAUCAACGCUUGGGAUAGACUGCUUAUUGCAAAUGGAGAGAAGAUAGUCGAGUUAAAUGAUGCAGUCCAAACAGUGAAGAACGAACAACAAAGCUUGGAGCACGAGCUAGACUUUGUAUUGGCACAACAGAAGGAGUUGGAAGAUUUACUAGCACCGCUCGAGAAACAAUUGCACGAUGCGCCGGACCGAUUAAGAGAUCCGGAGAGGGAGCAUAUGUAUACACUGGCAGAGAACCUGGAUUCUCAACUAAGACAAAUGUCCGAAGACUUGAAAGAAGUCAUUGAACAUCUAAACGAAACAAACCGGAGUCAAGACAGCAAUGAUCCUAUUGUUCAAAUCGGUCGCAUAUUGAACGCUCACAUGUCAUCGAUGCAGUGGAUAGACAACUCCAUAGCACAGAUUUCAACAAAACUAGACCAAUUGAAAGCGACACAUGAUACUUUGAGAAGGGACAAUGAAAGAUCUUUCCAAUUAACUUACAAUUGA